ACUCCAAUCACUCUCUCAGCAGAUCUUCUUCAUUCUCUAUAAUGGCCACCACCAGAUUCAACCACCAGUUCUCAAUCUCAUUGGCUCUCUCCUGCUUCUUCCUCACAACCUUCUCUUUCACGGAAGACGUCGAACUCACUUCCCUCCUCAGAUUCAAAUCCUCCAUCGACGAUCCAAAGAACUCUCUCUCAGCCUGGUCCAACACCUCUUCUUCACACCACUGUAACUGGACCGGCAUCACUUGCACCAGAGCUCCUUCUCUCUACGUCUCCUCCAUCAACCUCCAAAGCCUAAACCUCUCCGGCGAAAUCUCCGACUCCGUCUGUAACCUCCCUUACCUCACUCACCUCGACCUCUCCCGAAACUACUUCAACCAGCCCAUCCCGCUUCACCUCUCCGCGUGUCUCACCUUAGAGACUCUCAACCUCAGCACCAAUCUCAUCUGGGGAACGAUCCCUGAUCAGAUAUCUGAGUUCACCGCGUUGAAAGUUCUUGACUUGAGCAGUAACCACGUGGAGGGUAAGCUUCCAGAAGGGUUAGGGUCGCUACUCAAUCUCCAAGUUCUUAACUUGGGGAGUAAUCUGUUAACCGGUCUCGUCCCUAAUGUAAUAGGGAAGCUAAGCGAGCUUCUUGUUCUUGAUUUGUCUGAGAACAGUUAUUUAGUCAGCGAGAUCCCUUCUUCUAUUGGGAAGCUAGACAAGCUUGAGCACCUUCUCCUCCACAGGUCAGGCUUCCAGGGAAGGAUCCCAACUUCGUUUGCCGGUUUGACGAGCUUAAAAGUAUUGGACUUGUGUCUCAACAACCUCACCGGUUCUUUAGGCACUUCUUCUCUUAAGAGCUUGGUCUCUCUUGAUGUAUCUCAGAACAAGCUAACCGGCUCUUUCCCUGGCGGCGUUUGCAGCGGGAAGAGCCUUGUUAGCCUCUCUCUCCAUUCUAAUGCCUUUGAAGGUUCUUUGCCUAGCUCUAUUGGUGAGUGUCUUAGUCUUGAGAGGUUUCAAGUGCAGGAGAACGGAUUCUCUGGUGAGUUUCCGGUUAAGUUGUGGUCAUCACCGAGGAUUAAGAUUAUUAGAGCGGGUGAUAAUAGAUUCACAGGUCAAGUUCCUGAGUCUAUCUCUAUGGCUUCAUCGCUAGAGCAAGUUGAGAUAGAUAACAACUUGUUUUCUGGUGAGAUCCCACACGGUCUUGGCCUUAUCAAGAACUUGUAUAAGUUCUCCGCUUCUGAAAACAAGUUUGAUGGAGAGUUACCACCAAACUUCUGCGACUCGCCUGUCCUCAGCAUUGUUAACAUCUCUCACAACACUCUCUCAGGGAAGAUCCCUGAGAUCAAGAACUGCAAGAAGCUUGUCUCUUUGUCUCUCGCAGGGAAUGGUUUUACCGGAGAGAUACCAAAAUCGCUAGCUGAGUUACACGUUCUGACAUACCUUGAUCUGUCUGCUAAUAAGCUUACUGGUUUGAUCCCUCGAGAGCUGCAGAGCCUGAAGCUCGCUCUCUUCAACGUGUCCUACAAUAAGUUAUCAGGCGAGGUGCCUCCCUCUCUUGUCUCCGGCUUGCCCGCUUCCUUCCUGCAAGGCAAUCCGGGGCUUUGCGGCCCCGGUUUGCCUCGCUCCUCUUGCUCCUCGGGCCGGUCUAGCUUCCGUAUAGCUUUGUUGUUGCUUCUGAUAUGUUUAGCACUUGCUCUCGCAGCUUCCCUCUUCAUCUCGUAUCGAUACUAUAAAAAGAAAGCUCAGUGUAAGAGUCCUUGGAGGUCGGAGUUUUAUUACCCUCUGAGGUUAACCGAGCAGGAGCUGAUGAAAGCGGUGAAUGAAAGCUCCCCUUCCGACCUAUACGUCCUCAGUUUAUCUACUGGGGAGUCAAUAGCUGUGAGGAAGCUAGUGAACUCCAGGAAUCUAACAUCAAAAGCCCUCAAAGCUGAAGUGAGAACCAUAGCCAAGAUACGGCACAAGAACGUUAUUCGAGUUCUUGGCUUUUGUUUCACAGACGAGCUGAUCUUCUUGAUAUACGAGCACACGCAAAACGGUAGCUUGUACGAUACGCUAUCGAACCCUGGCGGUGGUGGUGAUCAGCUGCAGUGGGGGGUUAGAUUGAAGAUAGCGUUAGGUGUUGCUCAAGCGUUGGCUUACAUUAGCAAAGACUAUGUUCCACACUUACUCCACAGGAAUCUUAAGUCGAGAAACAUUCUCUUGGAUAAAGAUUUUGAACCCAAGAUUAGUGAUUUUGCUCUUGACCAUAUCGUUGGAGAAGCUGCGUUUCAGACCUACUACUCCUGCUAUACUGCACCAGAAAACAAUUACAGCAAGAAAGCAACAGAAGAAAUGGAUGUUUACAGUUUUGGAGUUGUGCUAUUAGAACUUGUAACGGGGCAAAGAGCAGAAGAAGGAGAGUCUCUUGACAUAGUGAAGCAGGUGAGGAGGAAGAUAAACCUGACGAAUGGAGCUGCUCAGGUUCUUGACCAAAAGAUAAUGUCCAGCUCUUGCCAAUCAGACAUGCUGAAGACCUUAGACAUUGCUCUCGAUUGCAUCGCCGUCGCUGCAGAGAAACGACCUUCACUGCUUCAAGUUAUUAAAGCGCUUGAGGGUAUAAUAAUAAGCUCAGCUUCAACUGAGUUGCUUCCAGUUUCCGCAUAAACAAUAAAGCCAAGAGAGAGAGACCAUUUUAUUCACUCUAGUUUUUUUUUUUACUAUAAAGAAUGAAGAUUGUAUGUUUUGUUUGUGGAGUGUGUGUGUGAAUGUACAUCUUAUGAUGAGCUUUUGGUUUUAGAUUUCUCCAAGGAGUCUGUAUCUUUCAUUAGUGGGAGAGAAACUAAGGUUGUCUUUUUCUUCAACUCCUUUGAUGAUUUUGUAGUAUGGAGGAGAUCUUGAUAUUUCUACCUCUUCAUUGUUGUAUGCUAUGUUUUGUAUCAUGGAAA